GAUGGAGGCACUCACGGCAUGGGCCGUCAAUUGCUACGUCGGGCUCGACAAAACGGAUUUGUGGUGCUGCCGCGUUCCGACCGAAGAUUCCUCGACGAUGGGUCCGGGUGGUGACGGGGCGGGGGACGGUGUGCUUCCAGAACGCCCCGGCUUCUGCUGCGGUCAAGGCCGACGUGUUGGUGCGCGUGACGAGGGCGAUGCGGACGCGCGCCGGCUUCAUGACGGUGCCGAUGCCCCACUAUGUGCUGCUGCCGUCCGCCGCGGGGGUGCACGCAAAAGGCGCGCUUACGUACCCGGUAUUUGUGGGCAGGAUGCGGCGCGAGCUGCGCGAGCUGCAGCCCCCGACGGAACGCGAGCCACGCCCCUGCCUGCUGCAAACGAACCCGCGGCUGUGCCCCACCGACGCGGUUGCACUGCGGCCGAAUGUGCUCCAUCCCGGGAAGGUGGACGCAAAGUACCGGGUGCUGUACGUGCCGGGGCUCGAAAACUUUCCGCCCGUGGAAGACUUUUUAUUCGUUGGGGCGCAUCUGCGGGUUCGCGUGUGCCGCGGGCCCUGGAGGUGCGGACCGACACCCCCGUCAUCGGCCCACUGA